AUGGGUUGUACAUUUUCCCAAGACAGCUCUGGAAGUCCUUCCAAAGGAAUGAUGAAAAGUUCAGUUGAUGAAUUGAUUGACACAAAUCCGGUGAUGAUCUUCUCCAAAUCCUACUGUCCCUUCUGCAAUAAAGCUAAACAGCUGUUGUCGAAGCUGAACGUUCGGUAUAAAAGCAUCGAGCUUGACCAAGUCAGAGAAGGAACCAGAAUGCAGUCUCUUCUAAGAGCAAAAUCUGGCCAGAGCACAGUUCCUAACAUUUAUAUCAACAAGCAGCAUAUUGGUGGCAGCGAUGAUCUUGAGAGGAAGUUUCAUACCAAAGAACUCCAUGCUCUAUUGGACCAAGCUGGAGUCUCUCAUUCUUAAAAUUUACCUCUAAGUUUGUCGUAAAAUUAUUGAUAAAUCACCAAUUUUUAC